UCAAAGGUAUUGUAGAGUUCGGUGGGAUAUCAUAGAGGUUGCGUUUAAUAUAUUGUCUAUUAUAAGUAGUCGCAACCGUGAAAAAUUUAUUUCAGAGGAAAAAAUUUCCAAAUUUUAGAUUUUUAUUUAAAAAAAAAAAAAAAAAAAAAAAAAAAAAAUGAAAUCUCUAUCAAUUUGUGUAAUUUUUGCAAUUUUUGUUAGCCACGCAAAAAGCGAACUUCAGUUAAAAAUGCUGCACGUGCUAUUUCGUCAUGGAGAUAAGGUUCCCGACAAAUUAUUUCAAAAUUAUCCCAACGACCCUCAUGGUAAUCAUUCGUUCCUGCCAAUUGACAGUGGCGGUCUCACGACUUUGGGAAUGAUGAGAGAAUUUAAAAUUGGAUUAAUGCUUCGCGAAAAAUAUGACGAUUAUUUUGGAUCACAAUAUUGGCCGUCAUUAGUUUAUGGACGAUCAACGGAUGUGCCGCGAACAAAAAUGUCCCUACAAUUAGUUCUCUCUGGAUUAUUUCCACCAACUAGAAAACAAGAAUGGAAUCGCAAUUUACCAUGGAUUCCAGUGGAUUUUGAAUUUGUGCCAUUUGAAAAGGAUUCUCUUUUAUUCCCUAGUUAUUGUCCGGAAUAUAAAGAAACGUACAAAAAAUUUCUCAAUCAACCAGAAGUGAAAAAUUUCCUGAGUACGUACAAGGAAGUUUUUGACUACUUAACAGAAAAAACGGGCAAAACUGUACAAACAACAAGCACCGUUUAUUAUUUGUAUAAUUUACUAAAAGAAGAGGCAGCACAAAAUUUAUCCCUACCAAUUUGGACGCAAAGUGUCUAUCCAAUUCCAAUGAAGAAUAUCACGGCUAUGGAUUUUAAUCUCAGAUCAAAUACAACAAAAUUAAAGCGAUUAAAUGGAGGUAUGCUUUUGCGAAAAAUAACGGACGACAUAAAGGAAGUGCGAGCAGGAACAAUGAAGCCUCCUGACCGGAAAGCCUUUUUCUUUUCAGCUCAUGAAUUAAAUGUUGUUUCAUUUGCUAGAGUAUUAGGAUUAAACACGCCAAUACUUCCAAGUUAUGGAUCGACUUUUAUAAUAGAAACACUUCAAAAUGAGAGCAAUGACUAUUUUAUUAGGAUAUUCCUGUGGACGGGAGUAACCGAAAUGUAUCUUUCACAAACAAUUCCCGGUUGUAGGGAAAUUUGUCCCUUGGAUGAGUUUCUCAAACUACUUAACGACGUUAUUCCUAGUGACAAGGAGUACAACUGCUAUCAAAAUUCAGCUUCAGCUUUAAUCGAAAACAAAAAUUUGUUUUCUUUGGUUUUAAUCGCUUUUACUUAUCUAUUUUCAAGUUCUUUAAGAUGAAAUUAAUAAAAAUUUAAUAAAAAAUUUUAAAUUAUUUAAUUUUAAAGUUUAAACCAAUCUGCAGUAUAAAUCUGAAUUUGUUACUUUUGUCU